AUGUCAAGUACAUUCCAAAGACAAAUUGUCAAAGAAGGACCAAUAAGAUCAACAUUCGGGGAAUCAAUUCGUUAUCUAGCCACCUCAUAUUAUCCAUACAUUUAUUCCGAUAGUCGUAAUAUCUCAAAACAUGUUGUCGAUUUACAAGCAGCAUUUGAAAUAUGCAGUGAAUCUCUAGAAGAAUUUGAGCGAAUCUCUUCAGAAUUAAGUAGUAUUAGUUAUUCUAUAUUUGGCCUACAACAAGCCUUAUAUCGUGCUCUGACUGAAUUAAGUAUUAUUCGUGAAGAAGUUGUCGAUUUGUUGAAUGCCCUGAGAACAAGUGAAAAAUUCAAUUUGAGACUAUUAGAUCAACUGUCUGCAAUCGAAGAAGGCAUUCAGAAUGGUAUUGAUACAUCAAGAAGUAUUAUGUCCAACAGUAAACUACCAAUAUCCACCUUUGGUAUAUCUCCUGAACACUAUAUGAUUCCAAGAACAACACGUGAAACACUCGAAUCGAUUAUUGAAGCUGGCCGACCGGGGAUGUAUAGUUCAACUGGAAUGGAUCACCUAUUGAAUGAUAAACUCUCUCCAGACUUUUCCCGCAUGAACUGGCUGAUUCAAAUACAACGUGAUCUAUCCCAUAGACAUGCUGAAUUCAGUUUUCUUGUAAUUAGUUUAUGGUCAGAACAAGUUCGUGAUAAUUUCCACUUGGCAACAAGAAAAACAAAGUGUUUACCAUCGCCUGGAGUGAAAACAUCCUACGAUCGAUUGGGGAAACGUAAAGAUCGAUAUGAUUUAGAAGAGGAUAACCUGUUGAGAAUGGCAAGUUCAGCGAAAAUCGAUGAAUUACCCACUGUCAUUCAAACAAUUCAAGGCAGAGUAUUUGAACUAGGCGGUAUCAUUGUCGACGAAUUGAAUCGUUUGAGAAAUAUUCAUGCAGAGGCUAAACUUCAGCAUAAAACGCUGAAUGCUGAACUGUCGGAUCGUAAACGUCAACUUAUCGAUAGUCUGUUGGCUACGCAUAGUGCUGUACAAACUCUGCUGGAUCUUGAUGAACGUAAUGAUGCAUUGGUUGGAAAACUUGUUAAAACUAGACCAUUGUUUUCAGAUCUUUAUCGUAUUGUACAAAGUGAUAAUCCCAGCUUUGAUGCAAAGUCUGCACUGUCCGGAAGUAGUCUUGCAGAUAUCCUAGGACCAAAUAAUUGGAAGCUGUUAGUCGAACAGUUGGGAAAAAUGCAGUUGAAACGAGAGGCAAGCGUUUCUUAA